UCGCACUUCAUGCGACAUUUACCUUGCUUCUUGUUUCUGCAUUCGGUAUCCAGUGUGCUUCUUGGAUUUCUUUCCAGACUGAAACGCUCAAUACGCCGGUUGGAGAGGCAUGAGUAUAUCUGCGCAGAGCUCCCGGACCACGGUUACUCAGCAUUUGGCUGGAAAACGUGAUUCCAGACUGACUGCCAGCACAAGAGCCGACGAAGCAGGCAGCGUCUCUCCCGUGACAGCGUCGAGGAACCCUCGACCAAAACGACCCAUCCUCCCGUUCUGGCUCGUUAUGUUCUUCAUUGCCGCGGUGGCAACGGCGCUCGUCGUACCUCUGGUUGUGGCCAUUCUCCACGUGGCCCAUAGUCGCACUGCGCGCUCUUUAGUCCCGUCGUACAGUGUGUGCGCUUCAUCCUUAUGCAGGGCUUAUGCUCAGGAGAUCCUCGCUUCGCUGAAUGAAAGCAAGGGGCCAUGCAAGCAUUUCUUCCAAUACGUGUGCGACGGCUGGAACACGAAGCACCAAAACACAAAGGCCUUGCAACAGUUGUCCCUGCGUUCAACAUUCGCAAUCCUGAACAUGUCUCGGGAGGCCCAGACUAUAAAAAAUCAACCGCCGUCUGUUCGUGCAACUGCGAUCCUUCUACUCAAAUGCGCCGAACUACAAAAAGAAAGUCUUAACCAAAUGGAUGAACUCACGCAGAUCCUUUCAAGCAGCGGAUUAUCCUGGCCUCAACAACAACCUCCGCGCGGUGACCUUUUGAAUAUCCUUGCACACUGGGCGUUAGUGUACCAAGUGGACUGUUGGUUCAAACUGGAUAUCAGGUACGAAAAAUUGGAGAAUAGGGCGGUGGUAUUUGUGCAUUUGGGCGAGUCGAAAGCUUGUAGCUGGAAAAGUACGCGGCAAAUGUGGUGGAAGAAGGGCACAUAUGGGGAAGUCGUGCAGGCCUUCCUUAAGGAGUCUGCAUUUGAAGGUAACGAAACAGCGCUACAUUCUCAAGCAAACUAUAUUAUCAACAUGGAGGAGAAGUUGAUGAACGUCUUGUGUCGAGAGCAUCCUCAAGCUGUGCCGUCAACCGACAUCAGCGACAAGUGGAGGACCACUAUCAAGGAGAGCUUAUGGAGCAUAUAUGGAAACCUCACACCCGAAAUUGUUGUCCGCUACGUACCGGGAUACAGGUCAGCUGUAGACGAACUCAUAUCGCAACAAGAUCACGGCGAACUGGCCUACGCAAUCACCUGGACCAUCGUGCAGACGUGGGGACCAUACUUCAGCGGUCGUCUGGGCUCGCUAGUCUUCGGGAGCGGCGACAACGCUCUGUCCAGCUGCGUCUCCAUCGUAAAAUCCAUAUCCAGUCCUAAUCUAGAAUAUCUUUUCGGCUCCAACAUAUUUACUGACGACACAAGGCUCGAAGUCUACCGAAUGUUCGACAACAUUCAAGACGAGAUCUUCCGCCAAAUCAAUGAGAGUUCCUGGCUGGAUAGCUCCACGAGGAUCAAGGCCGCCGCCCGCAUCCGUCGCAUCGUGUUCGAAGUACCACUCCCUACGGUCCGCUUCCUGGAAGAAAUGUACCAAGACCUUACCAUUGGUGAAGAUGCGACAUUUGCGUCUGCGUUUCAAACUGCGAUAAGGGCAACGCGUAAGGUUUCCUGGAGCUCAGUGAGGGAAUCAAUUGAGCCAGAUCAACUUGCCGCGAAUGCCCAUAUCUAUCUGGAAACACUUCGCGUGAUAGUUGCCCUGGCUAUGUUUCAAAUUCCACUGUACGAUCCUGAAAUGCCAAAGGCAAUCAUGUACCCUGCUCUGGGCCACGUCUUCGCCCACGAGAUUAUGCAUGCUUUUGAUGCCAACUGGCACAGAUACAACGAGUACGCAGAAAAGGAAGACUGGUGGACCCCAAAGGUCUACGACAAGUACCUCGAGAAGACUGCGUGCAUUCGGAGAGCUCAUCAGAACUACCAGAAGAUCUUCGGUCGCCAGUUGUUGCCAACGUACGACCCCGAGAGGUUUGCGGACCUGGCCGGUGUACCAGCUUUGCUGGAUGCGUCUCACAAAUACGCCCCGGACGUGAGGCUACCCGGAAUGGAACAUUUCAGCCGUGACAAGCAAUUUUUCAUCGUCUAUUGCUAUGCCCAUUGUUCCAGCAGAUCUUCACCUACGGAAGCCGUGCAUGCCCCAGCCGAGGAGCGCUGCAAUGUCCCAUUGAUGAAUCUUCAAGCAUUCGCAGACACGUUUUCUUGUGCCAAAGGGGAUCCUAUGAACCCACAGGAGAAAUGUACAUUUUGGUGACAGCGACAAUUUGAAUACAAUUACCUCGGUAUUAUCUUGAUUAUUAUGUAUUUAUCCAUAAUGCUGGCCGCCCUUUGUCAGCCAAAGCAAGUGUAUGCAACUUCUGUAAACUUUGUGACGUGAAUAAUG